AUGGUUAAGCGCGAGCGCGAGCGCGAGGAUAGCUUGGAGAACUACGUGCCCAAGAAACCUAGGCAAGGGAUGGAGUACCACACGGUCUUGGAUGAAAAAUUCUGUGAUGAAUACCCAGCGCUGGUAGAGAAAUAUAGACUAGAGAAGUCGAUUGGGGGUGGAGGGCAAGCAACGGUGUACAAGGCAUUCCGAAGGAGUGAUGGAAAGGUUUUUGCGAUCAAGACAGUUCAUGGGCCCGAUGGGCUGUUUGAAGCUCGAGUGAUGGCUAUGCUAGAGGUGUCACUCAAGGGUUUGGAUGAACAGGGGCUCGUCCACUUCGAGCACAUCAUACGAGAAGAGCCCAAUCAGUACGGGGAGGUGUACCACCUUGUUCUUGAGCUGUGCAAUUGCAGCCUUCAGGACCGGAUCAAGUACAAGGGGCAGCUUGAUGAGGAAGAAUCUGCAAAGAUCGUCAUAGCUCUCGCCAAGACGCUAAAGAGGGUUCAUGACAACGAGAUCAUCCACUGCGACCUGAAGCCCGCGAAUGUUUUGCUGAAGUACCCGCGGCCUGGGAAGUUCUAUGUCCCAAAGGUGUCCGACUUUGGGAUGGCUUGCUGGAUGGAUGAUCCGUGGAACGAGUGUGGGGUUGGGACGUGGGAUUAUAUGUCUCCCGAAGCGAUGUUUGAUGGACACUAUAUCAAAGCCAGCGACGUGUGGGGUUUAGGGAUGCUGCUUUACACUUGCCUCACGGCAGCUUGUCCGUUCUCAAAUAUGGAUGUGGAGGUGGUAUUUAAGAAUGCACGCAAGCGAGAUCAAAGUUUAAGGAACCUCCAUCACAAUUCUAUGGAUUGGGAUAGCAUUCCAUCCCUUUCUGCAAGGCAGCUUAUCCAAGGCAUGACGGAAUUGGAUCCCGGAAGGAGGCUUACUUUGGAAAAGAUUCUUUUUUCUCGCAUAGAUGAUGGUCCACCGUCGGCAACUGCUCUGCAGCAUCGUGCUGGCCCACUUCCAUUGAAAAGGAGAGAGCUCUUUAUUUCUUCUUGUUUCAUCUUGGCAAUAGGUGUUAUAAGCCAGAGCAGCGUCGCAGAUGAAGCAGGGGCUGCUCCAGACGCUUCGAUCCAGCAAAUUCUGCGAGGAUUUUGGAGCACCACCAGCUUGCUGCUCCGGAUCGCAACUGCAGUUCCGUGCGUCGCGUUUCUCGUCCGUUCGAAGGAGAGGAAGAAGAUCGCCUCGAUUGAUAUCGUUGCCAGAUGGUCCAUUUCAAAGAGAAAGGGAAAGGACGAGCAGAGAGAAAGGGAAAGGAGUGAGAGAAGGAGAAACCGGAUUGCCCUGGAGAAACAAAAUUUUCUCAGAGAUGUUACCAACACUCCAGGAUGA